UGCGAGCAUGCCGCGCGUGGUGAGACCAGCCACGCCUACCACGCGUCGCCGUCUCGGAGUGCGAUGCGUCGCGGCGUUGUUGCGGUGGCGACACGUCUCUCGUACGCCGCGUCACCCUCUCCGGUCGGAAGGGCCGGCAAGUAGCGCCGCUUUUAUUUGCCUAACCCGUGGUGCCGUGCGGUAUCAUUAGUACGCCCCUGUCAGUCUCGACUCCUAAACUAACCUGCCGUCUCGUCUGCACCGCUGAUCUCGCCUGUCCUGCGUACCCGCUUGGACCGGUUUACUUUGCCUCCGGUUCAAGGACAGCCGCAAGGCUCAUCGGCGCUUAGUGCCAACCCGCCACAAAAACCGACAAGCGGCCGGGCCGCCAUGGGACCCCAGUCUUCGGGGGGUUUCCUGUGGCUGACCUUUCUGGCCCUGGUCGUGGUCACACUGCCAGCAGAGGUGCUGCCCGCUUCCCGCAAAAAGUCGUCCUCGUCCAAAAAGACCACCUACUACUACUACCAACCGGCUGAGUACCGUGGUCACUGGUACCACCACUGGCCAGACACCCUAAGCAGGCGCUCGUUCGGCUCCUGGGAGGACACUUACGACGACUGGCUCCCAUGGAAGGGUGUCAAAUAUUCGCUGUCUCCUCCAGUGCCGAAAAUUGGCGUGAAGACCCUCCUCGCGCACAAGCACCAGCACCUGCACCACGGUCACGCUCGUUCGGGAUGCGGUCUCGAAGCAGUCCUGGUGGGAAUACUACUCAUCGUGCCACUGAUGGUGCUCAUAGGUCUGAUGCUUCCCGUCGUGCUCAUCAUAAUCUCGGUCAUGGUGGGCGCCCCGCUCCUGGUGCCAGCCGUGCCACCCGCCUUUCUGCCCCCGCUCACGACGACGGACGCCGCGCAGGGUCGACGCCGGCGGCAGGUGUUCGGGGAGCCGCUCGAAGACGUGCUCACCACCACGCUUGAGAAGCUGCUAGUCGCUGUGGCCAAAUACGGCGAUCUGUGAAGAAGCACCGUUCAUCGCCGUCACGUUCGAAUAACACGCUGUCGCAGUGCCACCGGUGUGUAGGCAGCCACCCGCUGUGUAGGUGUGGAAAGGAUGCGGAGGCCAUCGUUCAUUCUCUUGAACCAUCCAGUCGCGGCGUUGGUCGGCCCCCGACAUGCUGGCAGAACGGGGAGGAAUUGGAGGCUGCAUUCUGGGGUCCAGACAGGGUAAUGUCGCGGAUCUCUAGAGCAUCGGAAUGCCUGUCAUGCUGAAAGUGAAAAUAUCAGACGCUAAACAUUAGCAGUGCCGUAAGCUUGAGUUCCGUGUCACCUAUGUCUACAAGCUAGGUGCAUUCGAUCUUUGCUUUCCUUUGUUUUACGUCAGCUGGUCGCCUGCUAGGACUGAGGCCCAUAGGCAGUUUGUAACCAAUGUCUCGGAUAUUACUGAACGUUAAAAAAAGCAGCGCAGCAG